AUGGCCCGCUCUAGAGAUACCUACGUUGAGAGCGAAAGAACGCCUCUCGUACGCGAGCAGACCAUCUCAGACCAAGAUCUUCAUGACGGUCUCCAUCACGCAGAGGAAGAAGCAGGCUCGACUGUGACUAGUCUAGACGAAACGAAGCAUUUGAGCACCGAAAUCAGCUCCGUGAUUGCACUUCUCCUGCUUGGUGUGUUUGUGGCCAAUGCCGACACGUCCUUGGUUUUGGCUACGUACAGUUCGAUUUCGUCAGAAUUUCUGGAAUUCGAGCAAGCGAGCUGGUUGUUGGCCAGUUACACUCUGGCGAUGUGUGUAUCACAGCCAUUAUAUGGCAAACUCUGCAACAUCUUCGGGCGAAAGUCAUGUCUACUUGGCGUUUAUGUUUUCUUUAUGGUCGGUUGUCUUCAAUGCGGCGUAGCAUCAUCUAUGAGCGGAGUCAUCAUCGGUCGCGCAAUCGGAGGGGUUGGUGGUGCAGGAAUAUCAUCUAUCGUCUCGUUUCUGAUCGCCGACUUGGUGCCUUUAGCAGAAAUUGCUACGUACAGAAGCUAUGUGAACAUUGUUCAGACAAUGGGUAGAGCUAGCGGUGGGCCUCUUGGAGGCUGGCUAGCACAAUCGCUGGGCUGGCGAUGGUCGUUUCUGAUCCAAUGUCCACUUACACUUUCGGCAUUUUUACUGGUGCAGUGGAAGCUGCGCCAACAUCGUCCCGUCUUCCACAUCGAAGGCAGUUUCAUCCAGCAGCUUAAGCGUGUCGACAUUCUCGGCUCACUUUUGAUAUCAGCUAGCAACGUGGCCGGUCUGCUCCCAAUGAACCUAGGUGGCGAUUACAGAUGGAAUCAUCCGAUAGUACUCGCAUUGUUUGGGUCCUCGGCAGCUACGUUGAUUCUCUUCAUCGUGGUCGAGCUGCAAAUGGUUAAGGAGCCGAUUUUUCACCUGGAACUGCUUGUAAAUCGCAAUUUCACAUUAUCGUACCUGGUAAUGCUCUUCCAAAACGUGGCGCAGACAUUCGUAAGCUUCUCGUUUUGCACGGCUACAUACUGUGAGCUUACAGCUCUAGAUGAUGUUUACUCUGCCCUUGUACUUUCAGAUUACCCAAUCUCACCAUCGACGGCAGGCACAUAUCUGGUACCCGCCGUAGUGGGAAACACAAUCGGAGGGUUGGCUUGCGGAGCAUAUAUCCGCAGAUUUGGCUCAUACAAGGCACCCACCAUAUUUGCGACCAUCGCUUCCGCCGCUUGCCACAGUCUACUUCUUCUACGCUGGAGAGGUUCAACAGGAGUUCUAGAAUCUCUCUAUAUCGUUUUGGGGUGGAUGGGUACAGGCGUGUCCCAUUCAAGCAUCUUUAUAGCACUGGUAAGUGCGGUUACAGAGGAGGAAGUUGCAAUCGCCGGAUCUGGCCUAUAUCUUUUUAGCAGCUUGCGAUCGGUACUCGGGUUCACACUUUCGAGCAACCUUCUUCGGCUUGCGACCCAGACAUGGGCACAAAGGCAACUUGGGUCGAAACACCAGGUGAUCAUCAACCGAGCACUUUCCGACAUUGUCUUUGCUCAGCGACUGAAAGGCGAUCUGAAAACGGCCAUCACGGACGCUUACUUGCAUGGAUUUCAUGCUGUGUUCUGUACGUAG